UUACUACAUAUAGCAAAGGGUAUUUCCAAUCAAUGGCUUCUAACAAGGAGAGAAUGAUGCUAGCUUAAGUUGAAAAAAAAAUAUGAGAUAAUUUAAUUUAAAAGGAUGGAUGUUGAAGAUCGUCGACGCUACUUUAUUGUAGGAUCAGUUAUUUUGGAAAUUGUUCAACCAUUGUUUAGAACCAAACUUGAAAAUGACUACACAAGUAGAGGUCUAGGGUCUUUUCAAGACUUUCUAAACACACAACCAGUAAUACACAUACUGUUUCACUUACGACACCGAAAUGCUACCUGCUGUAAGAACAAACCCAACUGUAUCAACAGUUCUAAACUCCCUCUGAUAUACUGUCAAUGGAAUCUGCUGUACACUGAGAAUCCAGGACAACAUGGCCACAACUGCCAUUGCAAGUUCACAGCAAACCCAGUUCAGCUAAAUGCGCUUGAUAUAACUUUGGCAGGUUUGAUAUUACUGAACUGCUGUAAUCUUGGAUCAACUGAAGAAAAUGCUAUACGCAUCUUACGUCGCUACAAGAAUGAUUAUCUCAGCCACAACACGGAGGGUAAAAUAACUGAGACAGAAUAUAAAAGCCUGUGGACAGACCUGACUAGUUUCGUCCUACAGCUAGAUUCAAAUAAACAAAAUGACCUCAUUAGGAUAGAGAACAGACCACUUGAUGAAGGACUGUGUAGCAAAUACAGUAUAGAUCUUUUGAAUAUUCACAAGAAACUAAAUGAGAUGGACACUUCAAUUCAAGGAAUUAGUUCAACUGUACAGGGAAUUGAUAGUUCAAUUCAGGAGUUAUUGAGUUACAACAGAAAUGAAGCAAUAUGUCAGUACUGCAAGAAAAAGUUGAAUGAACAAGGCAUGGAUGAAAGAAAAAGAAUUCCAUACAAACUUGGACAAAAUAUCUUUUAUCUACGUCAUCAAAUUGAUCUGAGUUUAGAACUGGAUGGAAGCAUGAGAGGAACUAUCCCAGAUGUAGUAAUGAUGGAUGAUGGUAGACUGGUGAUAUGUGACAUCUGUGAGUGCAGACUACUGAUCUGUAACACAGAUGGAUCACAGGAAGACAUUAUACCAGUGGAGGAUAGACCAUUUUAUGUUGCAGCUGUCAACAACUCAACAGUGGCUGUGGCAGUUUAUAAAACCAUCACAUGUCAAUGUAUACAGAUGUAUGAUAUAAACCAAAAAGAAAAACUUAAAUCCAUAUCAGUACCUGGCAUGAUGUUUUAUUGUGGCAUUUCAAUGAUAAACAACAAGUUAGUAGUAGGUGGUUUCAGUGGACUACUAAUUGUUGAUCAUCAGAAAGAAAAGACAAUAGAGACAAUAGAAACAGACUGCAUACCAGACAUGAUACACACUUCUGGUCACAGAAUAUUCUACAGAAUAUGCGGGCUAGCUGAAUACAACAACAUAUACUGGUACAGCUUUACUGAUGGCAAGAUACAAACAUUAACAUUACCAUCAACACCAUGUUCAAUAACUACACUACAAGAUGGUAGUCUGUAUGUUCUCUGUACAGAUGACUCUGUACAACAUGUGUCAUCUAAUGGAGAACAAUUCAAAACUUUAAAUAGAAAUCAAUCCCAAUUUUUCAUUGAAUGUUCAUCAAUACAAUACAAUUCAAAACAAAACAAACUGCUCACAUGCAAUGGCCAUACCAGAAAUGUCAAAAUAUUUCAAGAGAAAUGAAGCAUAUAACUUAUAGUGAUACCUUAGAAAUUCAAUUUGAAUCUUAUAAUGGUAAAAUAAACUCAUUGUUUUGAUUAUAAUAAAAGUAUUUCACCUUAUCAUUAAAGCUAAAGAUAAGUUGACAACCUUAAUAGUUAGCUGUAGUUAACCUUGAUCAGAAUAUUAUUUUACAAUACAAUGCUUUGUAUUCACAAAAUUAUGUUAUUUUCAUCACAAGGUAUUUUUAAAGAAACAAGGGCUUAAAACAAUUUAAAAAAAAUACUGUCAUAAAAAUAAAUUAAUUAUAUUCAGUGUGUUAUUGAUAUUGAUAUAAAUAGAGAAAAAUAUGUAUGAAAAAAAAACUUCUUCAAAUGUUCUUUGAUUUCAUUGUAAAAUAUCAGCAUUUCUUUUUUGCAAUCUACCCUGUGCGCCUUUUAUUUACUCUAAAAUUUUCAAGUCAAUUAUGAAUUAGGAAUACUCAAAACUAUUUUUGUCAAUAUGAUUGUCAGUAAACAAAUUUUUACAGCUUGUGAGUCAAUACAUUCCGAAUUUAUUCAUUGAAUAUUUAUAUGCCAAAUUAAAUUUUCUCAUUUAGGGAUCCUAAAGAUCAGCUGAACCGGUAGUCUCAACAAAUAUUACUAACUGAUUUUGUUUCAGCCAAAUAUGUGAAUAGUCUAAACAAAUAUUUCUUACUGAUUUUGUUUCAGCAAUAUAUCUGAAUAAUUAGGACAUUCCCAUCAAUAUAUCACACUGCUGUCAUUAUUUUGAAGGCUAAAACAGAAAUUUAGUCCUAAUAUUCUUUGUUUCCAACUUAAUGUGAAAAAUUUCAUCAAUAUCCAUUAGCAAGUAGAAUUAUUAUUAAUUAGAAUUUUUAAAUAAUGACAUUUAUGUUUUAUCAAGAAAUCAAAAUCAGAUUUUCUUGGUCCGUCUGAUUUUUGUUAGGGAAAGGGAUAUAAUUUGGAUACACAUGGGAAAAAAAUACUGAUUAAACAUUCCAAAGAUAUAUUGGAAAAAAGCCUAAAUUUAAAGAAAUAGCUUGGUUAUUGCUGUUUUUUUAUCUUGUCAGUUUUGUUCAGAUAUCAAGGAAAAGUAACAA